GCUUCACCGAUCAAAUUUACCUCUUAAAGAAGUCGCUGAUUCUCUCAGGGAACUUGAACAAUAAGUUACUUGGUUUGACCGUUUUACAAACAAUACAAGAUGCCUGUAACUUUGAAGUUUGGGUUACAAUGGAUAUGAGAUGACAGUACGUGGUAGUCAUUUUUAAUUCUCUAUGUCGCUCAAUUUCACAGUUUUUUGAUGGGUACGGUUAUCAUGGGACAUCGUUUGAGCAGAGUUACCGAUGUUACCCGGCAUCUUUCAUCGAGAAGCCGCAAAUCGAAAGUGGUGAUAAAAUUAUAAUGCCUCCGUCGGCCCUUGAUCGCUUAGCAUCUCUGCAUAUUGAUUAUCCAAUGUUAUUUGAGCUUCGGAAUGAUGCUGCCGAGCGUGUCUCUCAUUGUGGAGUACUGGAGUUUAUUGCAGAAGAAGGCAUGAUCUAUAUGCCAUAUUGGAUGAUGGAGAAUUUGGUCCUACAAGAGGGAGAUAUCGUGAGGGUGAAAAAUGUAACUCUUCCAAAGGGAACCUAUGUUAAAUUACAACCUCACACGAAGGACUUUUUGGAUAUCUCAAACCCAAAAGCUAUCUUGGAGACAACACUGAGGAAUUAUUCCUGUUUAACCACCGGGGAUAGUAUUAUGGUGGCAUAUAAUAAUAAAAAGUAUUACAUAGAUAUCAUUGAGACGAAGCCAUCCAAUGCAAUAAGUAUCAUCGAGACAGACUGUGAGGUGGAUUUUGCUCCUCCCCUGGAUUACAAGGAGCCGGAACGGCCUGCUGCACCAACUUCUUCGAGCAGAGCGUCGUCUCAAGUUGAAGAAGCUCCUGUUGAGGCUGAACCAAAGUUCAGCGCCUUUACUGGUACAGGAAGACGCUUGGAUGGGAAGCCUCUGAAGCAGCAGUCUCCAGCAGCUUCUUCGUCUGUGUCAAAAGACAAAGGACCUGCUAUUUCUAAUGGGAAUAAUACCCGACCUUAUUCGGGAUCUAUUUCACAAGCUACUGCAGGCCAGGCUCAAGGGAAACUCGUUUUUGGAUCACAUGUCAACCGUUCUAAGGAUACAAAACAGGAAUCGGGAAAAGAGACUAAAUCGGAGCAGCCUGAAAAGAAGGAAGAGCCGAAGUUCCAGCCAUUUACAGGGAAGAAAUACUCUUUAAAGGGUUGAUUAUUUUCAUCCACAGUUCAUUUACCGUGCGUUGUUUCGAUACAGGAAAACACCGUAACCAUACUUUGGACAUUGUAUUAUCGAAAAACUAAACUGUAGGUUCCCGUGUCAAAACGAAGUGAUUCCGUUGUGAAUUUUAAAAUAUUUCAAAGAACAAAAA